GGAACAGCUGACAAAAUGGCGUGUCGGCGAGCGCUUCGAGCGCACAGCCAAAGCCGACAGCUUUCUAUUGUUCAUAAUCAUAUAUUUCGGCUUAUUAAAGAUGCUGGAUCUUCGGCAAGAACGUUUCACUCUCAAGUAAGUAUGCUUAAUUUGGGAAUCAGUUAGACCUAAACCAAUUUUGUUUUCGUCAUCUUGUUUCCUUAUUUAUUUAUCUUUUUAGUCUGCUAUGACCCACUUUUCCCCCAAUGGCAAUGUCCAAUGAUAAUGAAGAAGUGUAGUGACAAAAUCAAAAUUACUCAUGUUUGAGUUAGGGUACAUCAAGCACCCUCAUGAUAUAUUUCGUUGUAAAUUAUUAAAUUAAUAAGGCAUAGGGUCUAAUGAUAUUUAUAUUUAAUAAUCAAGUACAGAUCAUGACCAGAUGGCUAAGCCACUAUAUAACUGUAAUAUUAAUAUAAUAAUAAUACUAUACUAAUAAAAAUAAUACUAAUAUAAACUAUAUGGAGUGUAUUAUUUAUAGCCUAGUCUGCAGUCACUAGUGUUUAGGGCCUAAACUGAACUGACCUACUAAGUACUAAGCCUUAGUCAGUAGUCUAAGCCUAAGGGCAAUGCCCUAAGCCUAAGUCUAUUAAUAAUAGUUCCCAUUCCCUGUACUGCCUGUACGGAGUGAUUAUUCACAGAGCUGUGCCAAUAACUAUAACGCUCGCCGUUAUUCGCAGAUUUCGGUCUGCCGAUAACGCUCAGGAUUAUUCGCAGAAUAUAAAAUACAAAGUUCGCUUGCAGACAUCUCCUCGUUAGCUACUACUUGGCUGACGUGAGCUGGUGGCUUUAUUAUGUAUCUCUUUUUUUUUAAGGGUUUAAAGAUCGCUCUAUCCUACACUACUUAAAACUACGCCCCCACCCCGGCUUGGAAUGUGAUCUUAAUUAUUUCUAGAAAUUUGCGUAAUUAUGGGAACAUUUCUGUCUAACAAUAACGCUCUGCAUUAUUCGAAGAUUUGGGUCUGCCGAUAACGCUCGGCAUUCUUCGCAGAGCUGUGUGGAUAACGCUUCCCUUCCCUGUAACCUAGAAUUAGAAUAGAUUAUAAUUAUAGAAUCAGAACAAUCUCAGAACAGUUAUAAAUGUUGGUUUAGGGGUUAGCCUUAGGCCUCUUUAAACAAUGUUUUAAAGUACUCUUAUACUAUACUCUUAUUCUUAAGUCUAAGCCUAAAUUCUACUCCGUCCUGCAUAAGUACUAAGUCUAAAACUAAGCUCUUAGUCUUUAUAAUAAGUUAAAUAAGUUAAAGUUACGUUUUUUUUUAUUUUUCAAAAUGAAAACCAUCCUGUCCAUCCCUGUGUCAUAGGGCUUUGGCCUGGCUCGCCACUCCCUUCCACUCAGACCUAAAUGAUUCUUUUCUUUCCAUGCUUGGAUUCCUAGCUGCUGUAGAUUUUUUCCAUAUCAUCCAUCCAUCUAAGCCUAGGUCUGCCUUUGAGACGUAUUCCUUUGAGCUUUUGGUGGGGCCCCCUUUUCACUCCUCUGUCAUUUGGCAUUCUUGCUAAGUGUCCAAAUUUAAAACCAGGGCAUUUUAAAUAUUCAACUUUAAAACCAUUACAUUACACUGACUGAUUUUUGCGUGCAAUAUCAGAACCAGGUUAAAAUGUUUUUAAUAACCGACAACUGCAGUCCAUUGAUGUAUAGUAGUGAUAGUGCUUGACAGCAUAAAAUGCCAAUAUGUCUUCAGUUGUUGAAACAGAUUCAUCACUUUUGAACCUAGUGUUACAAAAAAUGUGUAACUUUUUUAGAGCAGAAAAAUACAACUUUGUUCAUUUGUAUUUAUGACCUAAAAUAAUCAAAAUAAACUAUAGGGUAUAUUUCACAACAAAGAAAAUAUAAUCGUGCCAGUUAAAUUAAAUGGAGCCAGGAUAGCAUUUUUGGCAAGUGACCUUAGUUAAGUUUGAUGAAAGUGGGAGAAGUGUGUGUUAAGUCCUCUUUUACCAAAUGUAUGAUCAUUUUAGAUAAUUUACACAGUUGUGUAUAAAUUAUAAAUUAUUAGGCCUAGGCUUUUCACAUUUGGUACAAUGAAAUGUCUAAAAUAAUGUUGGCCAUAAAAAAAAGCCCAUUAAGUAAACAGUAAAGUAAUGUAAAAUAUGCGUUGGUGUUUUGCAAACUAAAGCUAAGAAUAUUUUUAGUCAUUAAACUUUUAUGAAAGUGAAACUAUAAUUAUGAUGAAUUUGAAUGGAGAAGAAACAAAGCCCAAACACAGUAUAAUAAUUAAAGGACAUAUGGGUAAAAGUUAAAGGUAUCUUUGCUGUCUUUCUCAGAUAUUAUAUAAUUAUAUAAUAUAUUAAAUCAUCUCUAAUGAUGUGUCUGCUAAAGAAGACUAACAUAUUAUUUUUCUUUGAUCUAAAUAAAGUGUUACCCUAUCCAAGAAUUUACUAAUGAACAACUAACAUUUUUACCAACAAUUUUUUUCUGUCAAUGUUUUUAAUUUUAAUAUUGCGCUAAAAAUGUAAUUUAUUUUCUUAUAGAGAACCUUAGCCAAUAAAUGCCAGUUUGGCUUUUUAUUUGACAUUGAUGGUGUGAUAGUACGCGGAAGAAAACCUCUGCCACUAGCCAAAGAUGCAUUUCAGUUAUUAACAGAAAAUGGAAAAUUUAAAGUACCAACACUUUUUGUAACAAACGCCGGAAAUUCACUGCGCACUCGGAAGGCGCAACAGCUCUCAGAAUGGCUGGGUAUAGAGGUAAACAAAAAAAAUUUUAAUUUAAAAAUUAGCUAUGAAAACUUGAUCUCAGCAGCUAUAAAUGAUUCUUAUUUAAAACCAAUAAAGUUAUGUCUCUUAUAUGUCUGUUAUGUCUGUUUCAGAAGAAAAUCGUAUUGUAAAAUGUAUCUUAUUUAUUAUAAGUAGAAUGUAAGGUGUGAUCUUUAAUACUUAUUAUAUCUGUGUGAAAAUGAAAUUUGCCUAUUUAGCUGAGAUUGCUACCUUUAGGGAAUAUUUGAUGUUAGUAAAUUUCAUGGAAUGCUUUUUACUAUAAUAAUAAUAACUGACAGUUUUGAUAGUCGCCCCUGCCUGCUUCUUUCUUAUGUACCUACUUUGUUAGUUCACAGCUGCACUGUUUGUUCCCAACUACUUUGUCUAUCGAACAGGUUUCAGAGGACCAGGUAGUGAUGUCACACAGCCCCCUGAAAAUGUUUCGUCAGUUUCACGACAAGCAUGUACUUGUAAAUGGACAAGGGCCAAUCAAGGAGAUUGCCCACAAUAUUGGUUUUACACGGGUUACUACCACAGAGGAGCUGGCCCACCGUUUUCCUGAUCUUGACAAAAUGGAUCAUCAAAGAAAAAAAGCGGCUGUAAGUUCAACCUGCAACAAUUGAAUAAAUAGGGUAUACUUUAUUUAGUCCAUUCUACAACAGGGAAAUACUUUUUGAUUAUCUUUAAUGAUCAGUGCAAUCCUGGAUCUAUUAUCUACUGGGGGGGGGGGGUGUUUCCUCCUUGUCCUUCCAUCUUCUACAAAUGCCUAAAUCAUCUACCAUGUCCCUUUUCCCGGCCUUAUGCUCUUCCCACAUUGGCCACAUGUCUCCCAUCUUACCUCCCUCAUCCCACCAUGCAGCCUCUAAAACCCACUUCACUACCUUGACCUUUUCUUAUUGAUCAUUUUAACUGAAUUUUGUUUCUGUUCUCAAUAAUAUAACUGCUUAAAAGUAAAACUAAGUGUAAGUGUAAGGCAAUGGUUAAUUUAAAGUAAGAGCUCUCUGCCUUAUGCUUCUCACUUCAGUAAUAUUUCAUUUAUGUAUUGAAAUUAACAGUUCCAUAGGGAUUUUUUGGAUCAUAACUACAAGUGUCAUGGCUAACCAUAGAAUAAUAGUUUAUUCAACUAAAUUCAUUCUUUGGUGCUUAUUUGAUAAUCAUGUUUUUUUUAUUUUUUAAAUUUUUUGACAGCCUUGUGCUUUUGAGGAAUACUUUCCAAAGCUAGAAGGUAGGCUUAUUUCUGUUCAAUAUCUGUUACUUCAGAAUGUGUUCAUGCCAGUGGCGUAGGAGGAUGGGGUCCAUACCGGUCAACACCUUUUUCCUUAUAUGGAGAGGCUGAAUUUUCGGCAAGCUGUAAAGUUUUUGACAUGGGAGGGGGAAAGCUGAAUCCUUGGGCGGCAUUAACCCUAGAUACGCUACUGGCUCAUGCCAAAAUUUAGAGCAUAUUUGUUUAAAUAAUAACAUGUUUUAAGAUUAAAGAAUAGAAAGUGUUUUCUUUUAAAUGGUAUAUAAUAUGUCAUUGUGUGAAUUACAUAAUUAAGAAACAAGAAAGGCCAAAACUUUUUUUAAAAGUGUCUUCGUUAAAGCAGAUCAAAGUAAGAAUCAUAUUCUAAUUCAGCAUUGUACUUUUUAUUUCAGCUGUGAUUCUUUUCGGAGAGCCCGUCAGGUGGGAAGGCCCCCUCCAGUUAAUAAUAGAUGUCCUCCUCACCAGUGGGAAGCCAUCAGACGAUGUAUCGGAAAUACCAUAUCCUCAUAUACCGGUUAUGGCCUGUAACAUGGAUCUCCUGUGGAUGUCAGAGCAUAAAAUACCAAGGUCGGUUGCAAUCCUCACUAUGCUCUUUGUGUUUUCUCCCUCUUUAUUUAGCCAAUCUUGAAAUAGUGUAUUUUUGCACAAAAUUGGGCAUACGGUAUUUGCUUAAGACAGUGGUCCCCAAACUUUUUAUCGCCGCGGACCGGUCAACGUUUGAUAAUUUUACCACGGCCCGCUGAGGGGUUGGGGGGUGUUGAUUGUUUAUAUUUUGGAUUGUUUUGAUUUAUAAUUUGGUUCCCGUUGUGACUGCCCUCUUUGCCCCAUUUCCAUGGCUCUGCCUGAGGGCAACAUGGCACCCAGAGCGACUCAUAAUAUGGGGACCACUGGGUUGGCCAAUUUGUCGGCUGUAUAAACAUGCGAUUCAUUAAAAAAAAAAUGUAUGUCUUUGGUUUUAUUAUAAGGAUGGGGGCUAAAAGCACAACAACACUCAACCCCCCAACCCCCCCCCCCCCACCCCCCCCCCCCCCCCAUCCCCAUCCCCGCCUGUAUGGUUCCAGUUGCUGAGAGCAUUUGUGUCCAUACAUCCAUAAUUAUCAUCCAGAAAAUCUGGUAAGCUUAUAAAAUGGAAAUAAUUUAAUGUUUCUUGGGCGGCCCGGUACCAUUUGAUCCACGGACCGGUACCGGUUCGCGGCCCGGGGUUUUGGGACCACUGGCCUAAGACAUAGUGAGCAGUUUCUGCUGAAUUAACCAACUGUAUUACUGUCAUAAAAAUAUAUUCAUUUCAAACUACUUUAUAUAUAUUUUAUGUAUAUAUAUACUCUUAUAGGUCGUACCCUUAUUGUGGGGUUGUCAAAUUGGGUAUUUGCGUUUGACCCGCAGUGUGUUGCACCAUUAGUUGGCAUUUUUUUUUUUAAACAUAAAAAUAACUAAUAUUUGAUUAACAGACAUCAUUAAAAUGUUUCCAUAUCAACUUGAAAACUGAUUAGCAAUCAUAAUGUUUAAUAAACAGAUUUUGUUUAAAAACGGAUUGGCCUCUGCUCACGUUAAGGGAGAGCGGAGGAGAAAAAGAUCCUCCCACCUUUCAUUUAAAUUACUAUUCCAUACUGAAUUAGUAAGCAAUAUUGGUGUCGACUGGAUAGGGCACAUCACUGAUUUUUUUUCCGCGAUUUAUUGUUUAAAUGGAAAAUCAUGACCUCUAUUCAAGUAUAUUUGAUACUCAUUUCAAGUCUUGCACCCUUUACAAAGUGUUUUACUAACCCUCACUCCCCCAGGAAGAGUAACAAUUUUAAAAUUUGAACAAAUUGUUAUUUUGUAAUUUUUAUUUAUUCAAUUGCAAAGAGAACUGUAGAACUGCAGAACUUAGUUAAAUCUGUAAAACUUUAUAACUUAGAACGUUUCACACUGAAACCAAUCAAAAGUAUACUCCAAAAAUUUGAAAAUGAUAACCUAAUCUUCAUCAUGGAAUUGAAAGCCUUUCAAAAUUUAUUUCAUCAGAGCAAACAGUCGGGCAACACAGUAACAAAAUUGUCCUGUAAAAUUGCAUGUAAUGUAAAUUCCUAGUAUAAUAUUAAAAUCAGCAUACACAGCAAAAUAUAAUUAAUAUUGAUCUGCCUUGAUGGUUGUAUAUUUUUGGUGCUCCCUGAAACCUGACCUUUAUGUCAGGUGGGCUGAGGGAAUUAUGAGGGGAUAAUUUAGACCAGGCUGUGUCACUAUUCACAUUUCUGACUCAGUUCAGGAUGUAUCAGAUGAUGUGUAGGAUGUAUCAGAUGAUCCCUGUGAAACUAAAAGGUAUUAUUUGAAAAUCCCCCCCUCCCCCCCAUGCUGUAGAAACAUCCACAAUCAUAAUCCACAAUGCACUGAAAGGAAAGUUAUUUGUAAUUUUGGCUGCAGUGUUGUUGUAACUUGACUGCUGUCCAUAUGCAUGAGAAUGGUUGAAUAUUUAAAGAGAUUAGUUUCAGGCCACAAUAAUGUUUGCUUUAAUUACAAUUAUAUAUUCAUGCAAUGAAGAGAAAAAGUUUCAUCUAGUGGCUGAACAGAAAGAACAAUGAGAUUAUAUGUACUUAGAAAUAGUUAAUCUCCCAUCCAAGGAGUGGGGUUGGGGUGGGGGUGUCCAAUGCAGAUCUCUACUUUGUUUGUUUUUUUUUAUAAUUUUAUCACAUCAACACUGUUUAAGAUCAUGCCAGAUUUAUGAAAGGGUAGCUAAAAAAAGUAAUAUUUUUUCAUUUUUAAGUUAUAUGAAUAGUAAACAAGCGCAAGGAGUCAAAGUUGUUUUAACACCAGUUGGGUUUUGUUGUGUGGAUGUUUGUGUUGCAUUGAAGAAUCCAACACCAAUAAAAAAAAAUUGCAAAAGUUUGUUGCACUGAAGAAUUGGGACACCAAUAACAAAUUGUAAAUGUUUGUUGCACUGAAGAAUUGGGACACCAAUAAAAAAUUGUAAAUGUUUGUUGCACUGAAGAAUUGGGACACCAAUAACAAAUUGUAAAUGAUUGUUGCACUGAAGAAUUGGGACACCAAUAACAAAUUGUAAAUGAUUGUUGCACUGAAGAAUUGGGACACCAAUAACAAAUUGUAAAUGUUUGCUGCACUGAAGAAUUGGGACACCAAUAACAAAUUGUAAAUGUUUGCUGCACUGAAGAAUUGGGACACCAAUAACAAAUUGUAAAUGAUUGUUGCACAUGCUUUAAAGAAAGUCCAAUUUGAAGAGAACGUGAGAGGUGUGGAGUAGUUCACAUCUGGUAUCUCAAUAACAGCACGGUGGCGACCACCAUGUGAAAAGCAGUCCUAACACCUUUACCUGGCUCGUCUAUUUCAGUGGCUUAUUCCCCUGGUCUUUUCAUUUAAAGCUCAAUAUAUCAGGUUGCUUUUCAAAGUACGGGUCUUGAUGAAUACCUUAUGCUCACCUGGGCUCACCUGUCCCAUUUCCAAUUUUCUAAAGAUAGAUCUACUACCUGCGCUUUGACGUUAAAUGCGCAAGGACUUUCGUUUCUCCUCCUAAUUGUUAACGUAUAACUUAACAUGGAUUACCCAAAAAGCAAGAAUUUUCUUUCUGAAAAGUGAUUUGGUCAAAAAAAAAAUGUGUGGGGGGGGGGGGGUGAAUAGUCUUUGCCAGAUGAAUGAUAUGGAGCACAUGAAAGGGGAAGUAGAGCUGGGUGAAAAACACCAACUUGCGUGGGGGUUGUUCAAUUCCACUCCAUUUCUGUGGAAGAGGUCAACAUCUUCAAGAUAUCUGUCACUGCGGACGUCCGCCAGCUCGUCUGGUGCCUUCUGCUGAUGAGGGUUACAAUGAUGAAGUGCAAUAUGCACCAAAACUAACAGUCAUGAAAUUACCGCAUCUCAAUUAAAUUUUUGAAAAGUUAUAUCUCCUAUUUCUCAAUAUAUUUUUUGUCGUAUGGUGGAAUGGGACUGGGGCUUUAGUUAAUAAGACAUUGUACCAGCCGGAUUCCACUACCGGACUAUUGGCAAAUAAUAUGUAACACUUGUAAAUGGAACUCGGUUCUUUUUGGUGUUAUCCGCCCUAGUUCCCAUUUCCAUUGUUUUGUUAUGAAAUACUCAAACAAGGCUCUGAACUUUUCUCCCACUUGAUGGUUUUUGUUUAUUCUAAAACAGAGGUCUCAAACUCGCGGCCCGCAAGACGAUAUUUUGCGGCCCGCUACAUGACAGCUAAGAUUAGUGAAAUGCGGCCCGCGAUUUUUCCCCCAUUCUCAUGUCUAUAAUGUGACCCUCCGCGACAGUUUCGGCCGAAUCUCACCGACUAGUUUAAUUCUUAUUUUAAUUAUCUUUGUAUAGGUUUGGACGUUGAUUAUCAUGAUAAAAACCGUUUUAAAACAGGACUAAAUGUUUUUAUGUUAUGGCAUUUGGUGGAACAAACGUUGCCAAAGUGGGGUUUUCAGAAAAUUUAAAAAGUCAUUUAGUGGGUAAUGCACAACUAUAAUUGGCAAAUCGUAGAAAUAUGACGCAGUAUCAAAGAGCCCCAAUUAAAAUUGCCCCUAUUGUUAACGAGUGAUGGAAAUUCCAAGCAUGACAGUACAGCUGGGUUCCAUCUCAAAAGUAUUAGUGAGCAAGCAUACUGAUGCCAUUGCAGAGCUACAGGAAGAAUUUGAUGACAAGUUUUUAGACUUCAAGUCACACAGAACCAUUUUUCAACUUUUGCUGAUCCUUUCUCCUUUAAUUCCUCUUCCCCCCCCCCACCCCCUUUACAAUUCCCAACUUGCGCUUCAAAUGGAGCUGAUUGAACUUCAGUGCAAUUCUAAUUUCAGGGAGGAAAAUUGAGAGCUUUGGCCUCCACCUUCACUGAGAUUUCCAGGUUGCUCAAGCGGAUCUAGUACUUUUUUGGGAGUAGCAAUCUGUGUGAAAAGCUCUUUUCCCACUAUGAACUUUAACAAGUCAAAGUUCAGGGCGAAACUUACUAAUGAGCAUCUUCAAGCAAUACUGAGGGUCUCAGUUGCUUCCUCACUCAACCCAAAGUUGCUCAGCUGUGUAAGAAGAAGCGCUGCCAGGUCUCUGGCAACUAGGGGUAGGGGGAAGAAAGUGAAGCCCAGUUCUUGAGAACUCUUAAUGAUUUAUUUUGUUAUUAACAAAGGUUGAGCAGAUAGUACCAGUUGUACUUUAUUAAAUUUGUAAUCGCUUUUUUUUUAAAAUUUGAUCCGGCCCAGUCUCACUCAGACUCUACCUCCUGCGGCCCCCGGAUGAUUUGAGUUUGAGACCCCUGGUCUAAAAUGAACAUUUCAUAAUGAAAUUAAGUAAAAUCCAACUAUUCCCUUAAAUAGAACUUGGCUUGACCAGAACAUAACUACAAAUGUUAUUUGUAAACUCAUUUAAUCUCAAGCCUCGAACAGACAGUGAAAGUGGAGUUCAUACGUCCUAAAAACAAAUAGUGGCUGGGUGGGCGGGUUAAAUACGAUAUCUAGGAUAUUAAACAGUUUUUAAGGGGUUGAAGUGGAACUUAAAAGGUUGGGAAACACUGCUGUUAAACCUAAACAAUAUUCUGUAGUAAUGACAGUAAAAUUUUAUCUGGUUACCGGAAAUUUGAUCGAAAGAAAUUUCGUCGACGGUAAAUUGAUCGACAGGAAUUUUGGUAGAAUCUUUUUUUCAGUUCACACGUUAAAAUUUUCCUCAAAUUUCUUUUUGAACGCACUAUACUAUAUAGUAAAACAAAAUAAUGCGUUCAAAAAGACAUUUGAAGCCAAAUUUAAACGUAAAAACGGAAAAAAGAUUCGACCAUAUUUCCGUUCAAUCAAAUUAUCUUAGCAGUUUGUAGAAGUUUCUCCAGUGCUCAGUUAUUGUCUUCAUUUACAAAGAUUAUGACUAAUUCUGUAGUUAAUUUCGGGCCACCUUCUCCCUCUUCAAAUCAGAUUGAUGUCGGUUUCUUGAGAAACACAGUAAGUUAAACAUCUGACAAAACAUGGUAACCUGCACAGUAGUCGUGCCCCCCAGAAUUAAGUAUAGCUGCAAUGCAAACGGUACCACUUUAUAUAAAUGGAAUCCCUUGGUACAAUACACCACGUGCACAUAUCCUUUAAGAUUUAUAUGCCAAUCAAAAUAUUUAUUGCAUCUUAUCUGAGGGUGAAACUUUGUUUUAUGGGGGGGGGGGGGUUGGGGAAAGGGCAGUUUUUGCGAUGUUAUCAAUAAGGGGCCGCCUAACACCAAAAAAUGACACCCACCACUAAUAUUAUCUGAGGGUGAAACUUUGUUUUAUGGGGGGGGGGGGUUGGCGAAAGCGCAGUUUUUGCGAUGUUAUCAAUAAGGGGCCGCCUAACCCCAAAAUAUGACACCCACCACUAAUAGUACGUAGCACAGAAUAAUGUGAGACGCCCAUUUUGACCAACUCGUCUGCAGUUUCUAAUAACAGAGUGCGCUUCCUGUUCCCAACUGUGCCCAACACUGAGCUACAUUGACUUUAUCGAGAUGUUCGAGCACAUGAGUUUAUUAAGAUUUCGAUGUAUCUGCUGUUUUAUAAGGUAUUGUCUACUGAGGAAGGAAUCUAACCGUAACGCCCGCUUAAUCGUCUCGUCUUUUAUUUUCACCAUUUAUUUAAUUACGCUUUUAGUUUUGUUUCUUUUUCGUUCAACAUUUACAUUGUUGUAAGCAGUUGUUGUUUUUUUUUAAAAAUUCAUUUGUUAACGAAAUAGUGUAAACAAAUUAAUUGUUGGACUUUAAAAUGAUAUACAACGUUACUAAAUAGAAACAGCUAGAAGAAAUAAAGAGUUUGUAUAACGAUUUCAAGGGAAGCUAAACGUCCACUAGCAUCUCUACUGUUGCUUGCCGAUUAAGUGUAGAGAUGCUGGUACACUAAACGUCCACUAGCAUCUCUACUGUUGCUUGCCGAUUAAGUGUAGAAUGCUGGUACACUAAACGUCCACUAGCAUCUCUACUGUUGCUUGCCGAUUAAGUGUAGAGAUGCUGGUACACUCAAGUCAGGUAUGUGCUUAAAUGCACCCACUGUAUUCUGAAUUUAUAACGACACCCCCCGAAGCACCUUCUCCAGAUUCGCUCGGCAGCAUUCGGUUCUCUCGAUUUCUGCCGCCCUUUCCGAUCAAAGUUGAAGUGACAGACGAGGCGAAACUAAUCUUGGACCAAAAGCGCCAGGAUGCGCCAAAAACGGAAUGAAUUGUUGUUUAUUUAAGGCAUUGCAGGGCGACUUUGGCCCUGCUUCCCCUUCCCGAACCCCUUAAAAGUCCCUCCGCACCCCCGAUGACAUCGUCUUAAGACACCAUGUCUUAAAGAUACCCUGUCUUAAAGACACCCUGAUGAUAACCUAUGGGCUGAGCUGGGCCCCAACAACCUUUCUUAACAUUAAUUGAUAAUGUUACCGAUCAAUAGGGGGCACAGUGAAUUACUUAGCCCAAGACACCGCACCCCCCCCCCCCAACCAAUGCUGUUAAGAGAGCCCUGACACCUGACAAUGGUAGAUAUUUUUUUAAAGUUUUUAAAUUGUAUAUAAGUUCAGACGCUAGUAAUUCGUAUAUAACCUAUGGGCUGAGCUGGGCCCCAAAAACCUUUCUUAACAUUAAUUGAUAAUGUUACCGAUCAAUAGGGGGCACAGUGAAUUACUUAGCCCAAGACACCGCACCCCCCCCCCAACCAAUGCUGUUAAGAGAGCCCUGACACCUGACAAUGGUAGAUAUUUUUUUAAAGUUUUUAAAUUGUAUAUAAGUUCAGACGCUAGUAAUUCGUAUACGAUUUUCUUUAAUAUGUAAUUAAAUCAAAGGAAGAGACUGGCGGAAGUAGUAGAUAAAAUACGUUUUAAAAAUGCGCUUAGGGGCCAUCCAUAAAAGACGUCCACCAAUUUUUUGCUAUUUUUUACCCCCCUCCCCCUUUGUCCACUUUUGACUUGACACCCCCCCCCCUCCCAAUUGUGGACGUCCAAAACAUAAAAUUUACCGAACUUAGAUUAAUGAAUAUUUUGGGGAAAUGUACAACAAUAUAACGAGUAUGUAUUUACAAAGAUUUUUUUUUCCAAUUAUUUGCAGGCAAAAUUCUAAAUGAAAUAAUAACUGUUCAAAAACAUUUUAUUGAAUCACUGUAUUAAAAAAUGUAAUAAACAAAUACUCCACCAUUCUUCAAUCAACGGAAAAUUCGGACUGCAGCCAUUCAAACAUGUUUCGUAUAAUGACAACAUCUGUUCUUGAGUCUUCAAUUGCUAAUUCAAUUUGAGUGGCAGUCUCUUCGUCUGAUUCGUCUACCAUAGUAUGUUCACUAGCAGGAAUAUUUCAAUGGACGACCUUCUGUUUAAUCAUUGCCGCCUAUGAUGGGAAAUAUGUACGCAGAAACAUAUUCUCUUGGACAUUCUUCCAGCCACCGAUGGAUCAAAAGGCAUGCUACUGUAACUGUGAUCGAGCAGUAAAUUUGCAGUAAAUUUAUGCAAAACUGCUGCACUCAAAAAAACACUACAAUAUGGACAUCCACUUUGUCCUAAACCCCCUCCCCCCUUUUGUCCACUUUAGUCCACUUUUUGUUGAACCCCCCUCCCCCCUUUUGUGUGGACGUCUUUUAUGGAUGACCCCUUAGAUAAUUUUGUGUUAUUCAUUUGUGAAGAUGUGAACAUGCCGUAAUCUGUGAGUCACGUGACAUUCAACAAAAAAUAACAUUUUAAAAAAUUCAUUUAAUCCUGUUCAGCUGUAUAUAAAGCCCAAGUACGUUGGUCAUUGAUAAUGAAACUGGGUCUAGUAUUAUGAUGAUGAAACUUGUUCUUGAUCUCGGGCAGGCGCUACUAAGUUGUAUAGUGCUGAUGUCCAUUACUGACUGAAGACCAAUGCUUCUCGUCAGACUGACCCAGAUAUUAUUUAACAUGAAUUGCUUCUUAUCUUCUUUCUUUUCUAAAAUUAUUUAAGUGGAAGUGUAAGCUCAGUGAAAGGGAUCAGUGCGGUAAAUGUUUCCUCCCAUUGCGGAGUACCUCGGGGUUUCACACCCCUCCACCCAACCCCAACCCCUCCUUUUUCCAGAUAAUCUGGCUUACCAGAAAUAUUAUAUUAUAGACGUGGUCAUUGGAAAUGAUAUAUUAUGGAGGAGGUCAAUGGAAAAGUUAGGUUAUGGAGUUGGUCAGUGGAAAUGUUAUAUUAUAGAGGUUGUCAGUGGAAAUGUUAUAUUAUGGAGGUGGUCAGUGGAAAAGUUAGGUUAUGGAGGUGGUCAGUGGAUAAGUUAGGUUAUGGAGGUGGUCAGUGGAAAUUUUAUAUUAUAGAGGUUGUCAGUGGAAAUGUUAUAUUAUAGAGGUGGUCAGUGGAAAUGUUAUAUUAUGGAGGUGGUCAGUGGAAAAGUUAGGUUAUGGAGGUGGUCAGUGGAAAAGUUAGGUUAUGGAGGUGGUCAGUGGAAAAGUUAGGUUAUGGAGGUGGUCAGUGGAAAUGUUAUAUUAUUGAGGUUGUCAGUGGAAAUGUUAUAUUAUGGAGGUGGUCAGUGGAAAAGUUAUGUUAUGGAGGUGGUCAGUGGAAAUGUUAUAUUAUGGAGGUGGUCAGUGGAAAUGUUAUAUUAUGGAGGUUUUCUGGGGAAAUGUUAUAUAAUAUUAUGAAGAUGGUCAAUGGAAAAUGUUGGCAAUGUUCUGUAUCGUUGAAAGACGUACCGGUAGUGGUCGGUCAAAGUGUCAUUUUUAUUUGAUAUGUGCACGGCCCUUUACCAUUUAAUUUUUUUAUAAACAAUUUUAAACAGUUUUAAGUAUCCAUUACAUUACACUGACUGAUUUUUGCGUGCAAUAUCAGAAUCAGGUACAAUUGUUUUUAAUAAGCGACAACUGCAGUCCAUUGAUGUUUAGCUGUGAUGGUGCUCGACGGCGUGAAACGUCCAUGUGACUUCAGUUGUUGAAAUCAAUUCAUCGCUUUUCGAACCUGGUGUUACGAAAAAUGUGCAACUUUUUGUGGGAAGUUUUUCGGAGAACAAACACUCUUGACACUUUCAGUGUUUCGACGCGCACCUUUAAGUCCAGUGCACCCUUAUGUCCAGUGCACCCUGAUUCCCAAGGGAGAGUAUAUAAGUUCCCUUGCCGCAUGUCAAACAUUCAGCUUCCCAUGCAUAUCGACCUGCACGACAACCCGGGUAUUGGCUUUUUAGUGCGUUUUUGUUUUUGUUUAGCUCAACCCUUACGUUUUGCAAAUUUUUAAUCAAUUAUUUUGUAUUUCAAUUGAAAAAAUUAAUUAUUUAUCAAUUAUCAUGUAUGUUUACAAAAAUGGCUUCCUGAACCCGAAGAUUCAGUUGUUACCUUAGUGACCCAUACCAUCGUGCUAAAUGUUGGUGGCGCGCGUGUUUAGUUCACGGAACAGAAGAGCAAAUAACAUAAAUAUUUAAAUAAAAUAAGAACGUAUUUGUCGGGGAUAGACAGGGGGGGGGGGCGGACAAAAUCCAUAUUUCUGGAAAGUCGCCCGGCCAGGGGCCUACCAGAGCACACGUUUGGGGAAACCCUGACGCCUGGUCAACCUUACUGUUGGCGCGCGUGUUUAGUUCACGGAACAGAAGAGCAAAUAACAUAAAUAUUUAAAUAAAAUAAGAACGUAUUUGUCGGGGAUAGACAGGGGGGGGGGGGCGGACAAAAUCCAUAUUUCUGGAAAGUCGCCCGGACAGGGGCCUACCAGAGCACACGUUUGGGGAAACCCUGACGCCUGGUCAACCUUACUGGCAUGGUUUUUAAAAAUUGCACUUGCACCACUGGUCCCCUCGUCAUGAGACCGACCCCAACCUCACAGCAUAACACUCUUUGUUAACCCGCCGUUAAAAAAAGAAUCUUAGAUCUAAGAAUCGGUCUGCCUAUUUGGGUCAACUGAGGUUCACCCAGCCGCACACUAGAUUACGGUGAUCCAAUCACUCCCGCUUCACGUGUCCCCAGCUCUUAAGUGGGUUAAUCUACUGUACCAGGGUUGGAAAGUCAAACGACUUUAGGGAUUGGAAUGAGCUAUGAUGAAAUGCUCCUGUAAUCAGUGGUGUUUUUUUUUUUUACCCUUUCCAAAAUAUUUCACAUUUUUACUUGAUACAAAACAUUUUUUUUUAAAUAGUGUUAUGUAUAAAAAGUGUGUAUAUGAAUGGCAAAACUAUAGACUAAUAACUUUAUUUUUAAAGCAUGAUGACAUUAUACAAUUAACACCUUCCCCUACUAUAACAAUGUUUUCUCCGGGUUGGUGUGGGGGGGGGGGGCGUAGCCACCUCCAUACUACCCUCUCCCACUUUGAGACCAAGGCAUGUGGAUCAUACACGUGCGUUUGAUAGGUCUACAGGGAAGGUGGCUGUGGAGAGUACGCGCCUUGCUAAGAAUAAGAUAUAAAUCUGCUUAGUCAUGGCGAGAGACUGUGCAUGUUGCACUGCUGACUAUCAAGUACAGACCAAAGGCGUGCAUCUUAAACUGAGGAAAAAAAAAGGGGGGGGGGGGUUGAGAGAGCGUCUCACAACAACCAGGACCACCGGCAGGUGACAAGCCCGUCAUGUUUUUUAAUGUCAAAUAGUACCCCCCCCCCCAUAAUAGUCCCCCCCCCCCCAAUCUUUGCCCACCUAAGAGUGCAUAAGGUUGAAUAGGUGAGCUCUGCUGAAAGUAGGUUAUAGGAGGAUGUUGUAUGGAGGCCACACGUUUUUAUGAUUAUAUUCUUGUUCAUCAUGGGGGGGGGGGGUUACGAUAAUUUGCCCAUUUUUAUGUUCAAUUAAUAAACAUGUAACGUGAAUUUUGAGAAAUUUUUGUGAAUUUUGUGUAUGAAUGUUGUUAACCAAAUGCCACGCCAAAUAACGAUCGACGCGUGUGUGAAGGUCGCUUUAAUCUUUUAUAAGCUAAACAGGAGCUGCAGCAUUCAUAGAUUUCGAUUAGACUCGUAUAGACAAGUUAGUAUUCUGUAGCCUCUUCAGGACACAACAUGGCUGCCUUUCAAAUUCUGUUAAAAUAUGUAUUUUAAGUUAAGUGCUCGAUCUUGUAGCUGAAUUUAGCGCAGUACAUUUCCAUAAAAUUAUGUAGCUUUCAAACCAUUUUGUUCCAUGUAAGUGUAGGCUUGGCCAGUUGUGGCGAUGACUAGACCUCACUCCACAUGGAAUAGGUCUGCACCGCUUGCAGGGUAAUUAGUGAAUAGAUUGGUCAUGGACAACAACCCUCCUCUACUGGAGGCACCAUGAAUUCCCACGUGUCAGAGGUCUAUAGAUAUGUGUGUGUGUGUGUAUAUAUAUAUAUAUAUAUAUAUAUAUAUAUAUAUAUAUAUAUAUACACAUGUGUGUGUGUAGUGAGUCUGAGAUGACGGNGGGGGGGGGGGGGGGGGGGGGGGGAGGGGCAAUGGCCGUGAGCGUGCUUGCGUCUAUUUCGGUGUGUAUCAACAUUGGCUGAACCCACUCACUAGUGUAUUUAUAGUUGGGAGCUGGGUAGAGAUAAAGCAUAGUUGUGGCAUUGUGUGAUAGGAGAUAGGCGUGUAUCAAACAUUACCCUUUAUGUGUACAAUAUAACAGCUGGUGACAUCAGGUUGACAUUACUGUUACCGUGUAUGUGUUCAAUAUAACAGCUGUUGACAUUACUGUUACCGUGUAUGUGUACAAUAUAACAGCUGAUGACAUUAGGUUUACAUUACUGUUACCGUGUAUGUGUACAACGUAACAGCUAGUGACAUCAGGUUUAAAACUCAAAUUACAAGUACGGCCGCACUUAAUAGUUGCUUCUAUCAGGUGGGUGAGCGAUGUAGGCCCAAGAACGUUGCAUUAUACUGAAUAGUUAGUGUGAGACUGGUGGACAUCUUUCAAUGCCGACAGUCAGUAGACAUUCAUUGAAGUUUAGACGUGGCGUCUUCAGACCACCCAUAGCGCACCUCAUGUGUCAGGGACAUUAUCUAUUUUAGGGGUGGCACCGGUUAUACAUUAAACAUCGGCCAUACAUAAGGCUAUAAUACAUCAGUCAUUAAUUAUACAUCGGCGAUAGAUGAUGUACCAGUUAUAGAGCACACACACUACACAAUUAGAUCGAUGUUGUAAAAUAAUAAUAAUAAACUAUUGUGUAUAAAUGUUGUCAUUCUGAUCUGGUUUACCCGGGCUGAGAGUGGCGUCAAUCGACCUGUCAGGGUCAGACAUGUAGAAGUUAUUCGAACAUAAGAGGCCAACCUUACUAGAGAAAUUCAUGUGUGUACGAGUUGGCUUCUUUUUCUUUGUAUGGUUUCCUUUUCUAUUGGGUUACGGCACGGUCAACGUCUUUAUAGCAGCGUAACAGUCAGCGUAACUCUUUUGUCAAUCGUGGGGAGAGUGUAACGACCUUGACUUACAUUACAUCUUCACCUUGUUCUCUCAUUUCCGGUGUGCAUGUGCUCGUUUUUUUUUUUUAUGGGCUAAUAAAUAAAUAUUAUAUUGACAGCGCAGGGUCGGCCCUACGGUUGCUGGCAAGCUUAAAGACUGGCGCCCUUUUGAAUAUAUAAUCAUACAAAUUUAUGUAAGGGUAAAAACUGGGUAUCAGGUAAUGACUUUAUUAUUGCGUAGGUUGUUUUGUUGUUUUUUUUUAAAACAAACUCAAAUAAUAAACAAUAAAUAAAUGGGUUUUUCUUAACGUAUAUUUGGGCAGUGUUAACAAUUUCCAUUAGCCUACCGACGACUAUUUUUUUUCGUUGAUGGCGCCCUAAGGAUGUGGCGCUCCGGGCAAUUAGCGGCACCUUGAGCCGGCCCGGUAACAGGUACAUUAUGGCCCAUGGUUUCAGGUUUAAUUAAUUUUAGAGCAUUAGAUCUCACUGGGGCGCCCUCUAUGGGAGGAAACAUUGGAAGCUGUUAGCUGACAAUGCACCAGAUCAAUAAAUUAAGAUCUUCAUUGUUAUUAAAAUGUAAACGUAAAAAAUACCUGCACACAUGAAUACCUGGAGUCUACGCCUACUUUCUAUUCACUUUCAACUGUAGGCCUACAUCUUUGCAGUAGCCACCUUUACAAUAUCGUGGUGAAAUCAAUGGCGUGUGUGUGAAUGGCAUAUAUUUUAGCAACCCAUUGAGCACACGCUAGUUUAUAAUUAGAUGUUAUUGACAGCGAAGUCGGCCAAAAAACUAUUCAGUGACCGUGUUACAUGAGUGACUGCUGAAAUACUUUUUGACCGUAAACACCGUCUCGUUUAAUCUAAUAAAAACUCUGCAAUCUUUGUUUUCCACCUGUCUCGGGUGUGCGUUUAAAUUCGGUUAUUUACGUUCAACAUAACUGAUUUUCAACUCUUUUUUUUUUUUAGUGAGGCUCAGACAAGUGUAUAAAUUAUAUGUAGGCCUAUUAUGUAUGUAGUGAAUAUAUUGGUCAUUCAUAGUUUCCAUUUGGCUGUUGGACGCAAACCCCCCCUUCCCCGACAGCGUUUUAACUGAGUGAGAAGCGUGUUGCACUACAAAGUUUGCUCUCUGCAUGUUACUAAACAUAAUCCAUGACCAAGUCCUUGUUGUUAUGGUAAAGUUUGGCCACAGAAGGGCGUGCCGAGCAAGUUCACGGUCAGAUUAAUUUGCCAUCUGGUGUAGAGCUUCGCCUCCAGAGGAGGGUAAAAGAUGCCCUUGUCCUGGAACCACAGCUGGCUUCAUUAAAUGGAUUUUAGAUAUCACGCACAACUGUAACUAGUGUGAGAAAACUGAAUCCAUCACGCAGUGGCUGUCAUGUAUUACGGGGGGGUGGGGGGUCAAAGGAAGCGGUGCAUAUCAGCCGGUGGACAGUGAAGCAAAACACACAUUCUGUACAGCAGGGUAGAAAAUCAGCAGCCAGUAGGGGGCCAAUGAGCUAGGAAAGGGUUGGACAAAGAUACAGCUAAAACAGAUUAAAAAGACACCGUUAUGUGUGUGAUUAAUGGUAAGGGUCAAGUUUAUGUUUCCGUCAUUAUUAAUGUAGACUCGACUCAUGUCCACACUUUAUUGCUUCUAUUCAGGUUUACGAGGCCCCCCCUCCUUUUAGAGACAUUUUCGAUUCACAAAUUUGUGAUGUAUUAAUUUUUUUUUUCACCAGAUUGGGCCAUGGUUGUUUCAUGAACGCAUUGGAAGGAUUAUAUCAGGUAGUGUACAGGAUAAGGCAUUCCUUGUUUGGGGAGACAUUCUAUAGAUCUUGACAAAACAUUAUAAUUCACACUGUCUUGACAAAGACAUAAUCCACACAGUGGGGUCAAAAUGAUCUAUAGAUCUUGACAAAGACAUAAUCCACACUGUGGGGGCCAAAUGAUCUAAAGAUCUUGACAAAAACAUAAUCCACACAGUGGGGGCCAAGUGAUCUAAAGAUCUUGACAAAGACAUAAUCCACGCUGUGGGGCCAAAUGAUAUAUAGAUCUUGACAAAGACAUAAUCCACACAGUGGGGGCUAAAUGAUCUAUAGAUCUUGACAGAGACAUAAGAAUGUACACUGUGGGGGCCAAACUAUCUAUAGAUCUUGACUAAGACAUAAUCCACACUGUGGGGACCAAAACUAGAAUUGUUACGCAUAAAUUAAAGUAAGAGAAUUUUUAAAAAGAGAGAUUACACUUUUUUAUUAAACUUUACAGAAUUCAUAGAAUGAAUAAAUGUUUGGCUGGCCAAGCUGUGUUUCAAUGAUCUACAGUCAUGCCUCUUAGAAUGAUUCCUUGUUUUUUCCCCUCUAAAUUAUUAAUAGCAAAAAUUGAUUUCCAAAAAAAAGAAAAAAAACUGUUAAAGUUUAAAUUUGUAUUAAUGUAAACAUUAGAUGAAAACUGCAAUAUUUCAGCUUCCCUCGUUAAUCUGUGUAUUUUUCCUCUAGAAAAUUACAGGUAAAGAGUUGAAAUACACAGCUUUGAUAGGUAAACCCAGUGAAAUCACAUACCACCAUGCAGACUACCUGCUGACACAGCAAGCCAAAAUGAUGGGAGUGCAGCAUAUACGAAGGAUAUAUUGUGUGGGGUGAGUUCUAAUCUAAACAUGAGUGAAAAGUUCAAUGUUCAUACUUGGCUAUAAUGUUAUGUUCAUUUAUAAAGUGGUUUGUGUCAGACAAAAAAAAUGUAAACAUUUAAUACAGGGAUUUUGGUACCGUACACCAACAAAAAUGUAAAAAAAGAGUAGUUACAUGUGGUAUCUUCACAGCAUAGGGCCGUAAUUUUAGUCCUGACAAAUUUUUAAAAAAAAUAAUUCAAGCUUCAAAAAAUGCAUGUCUCUCAGUUCCCCCCCCCCCCCCCACCCCCCCCCCCCCACCCCUUUCCCCAUAUUGGACUUGAUAUCUUUACUUAAGAAUAUUGCUAAAGAUAUUUUUACUUGAGAAAAUUGAAAUUAAUAUAUAAUUAGGCUUGGAUACUGAUCCUCACUGUAAUAGUUUUCCUCCUCUGAAGGUAGCUCUACAGUGAUAUUUUUAAGAUCUUCUAAAACAUGUUUUAUUUUUUAUUUCAAUUUAUCUGUUGUUUAUUUAUAUUAUUGUAUGGUCUGCUGAAGAGGGCAUUUAGCUGAAAUGUCAGUUUAUUUUUUUUUUCAAGGUUAAACAUAUCUUGUUCCACUAUUGAUUUAAUUCACACACCUCUUGAAUGCUGUCCCUCAUAUAUAUUAUCCUAACUGUAACAGCUGGCUCCAGCAUUUUUUAAACCUUCUGACCAAUGCGAUGCAUUAUUAUAAGAUGGUGUCUACCUGUGUAAGAAAUCAUUUGCAAUGGUUGAGCUUUGCCGCAGGCAGUAUUUUAUGAACUGUUGUCCUUAAAAACUGAUCGUCCCUGUUACAUGACAUUUUGACCUAGUACUUAUACAUUCACAACUGAACUGGAACAAGGUGUGGAUGUGUACACCAUAUUAUCCUACAUCAGCAUACAUUUUCUUGGAUCAAACCACAAAGAUCUUAUAUCAGAAUCUGUGCAUAGGACAGUCUUGCAGGUUUGACACCGCUUUCUGGGUCAGUGGGUCUUUUAUGAUUGUGUGUGUAGAUUUAGAUGUGUUUUGAUUACUUGCAAGAUUAGCAGUGUGUCUGUUGACAUCAACAGUAGGUGAGGUCAUAAAACAUAUGUGCUGCUCAUAAGCACGUGAAUUUACCAAUGGUGAACUGAUCGUUUUCUCAAUGGUGAACUGAUCAUUGUCUCAAUGGUGAACUGAUGGUUGUCUCAGUUGACACAUCUAGUAGUUACUUGUAAAGCUUGUAUUGGUUCAGGGAAAUAAGUCUGAAUAUGGUGAUGCGUUCUAAGGAAAUAGGGGCAGGAAAUAGCCCACUUCACACAAUAUUUAAUGAAAAUAUUGUGCCGCUCAGGGUAAGACAGAAAUUAUUGCAUGAUAUUAAACCACAAGAAGUAUUGUCUUGGCAAACCUGGAACCACUUGGCUUGUCAUUGGUUAUCAUCAUGGACAAAAGCUGGACGACAAGACAUGUAUGAUGUUUCACAGUCUAGUGACCUUGCCUCGGUGUCAGAGGAAGGGGGUGCGGUGUGGGCAGUCUGCCCUGGGCAGCACUUUUUUCCUUAUAUUGAUGGGCCAACUGCAGGCUUGUUUCAUGGAGGAGUGGGAGUGGCAAAAAGCUUGGCCCACGUCAGGCAACACUAACUCUAGCUAUGACAACACUAACUCUAACUACGGCAACACUAACUCUAGUUACGCUGCUGCUUUGUGUGCAAUUAAAUCUUGACAUUUUCAAAAAAAAUUUUUUUCCAAUAUGCACAAUUUACGUUUUUACUUUCUGUUAAAUAAAAAAAUGUUUACAUAUAUUUCCAGGGACAAUCCCACCACCGAUAUAUAUGGUGGUAACCUGUACAACAGAUACCUACAGCGACGUAAAAGCUCCAACAACGGUCAGGUCCAGACCAAGAAAGUGCGUGUAGCAUCUCACCGAGCAGAUGCUGAGUUUCUAGAUGAAGCCAGUGAUGAUGACGAUGACGACCUGGACAUGUCCGAGUUUGACUCGGCAGCCAAUAUACGUGUGAUCAAGUCCCUGGAGGAGGACACCCUGGGGGUGGAGAAGGCGUCGUCCUGUGAGACCAUCCUUGUGUGCACCGGAGUUUUCAGGGAGAGCACUGACUUUGUAUCGUUCGCCGGCUCCAGGAUCAGCAACCACAACCACAGAGACUUUGUCAUAGACCCUAUGCUGACCCACCCCAAUCAUGUAGUACCCAAUGUCUUAGAAGCUGUCAAACUGGUCUUUGAGAAGGAAACUUUUGCUUGAGUCUCAUCUGUUUUUUGUCCUACAGAGCAAGUGAUGCUGUGUAAGAAAUGAAUGUAACUUGGGAAGGUGUGUUCAUGUUGAUGAGAUUAUUACAUGAUCGUUGGUGUAAUCCAAUUAUAUAAUGCAAAUUUACCAAAUUACCUCUAAUUUAGUAUUAUUUAGAGACAUCAAUUGUUGUAGAGCAGUGGUGAAGUUUUUGCUAUGGUGAGCGUUGAGGUAUUUUUACUUGUGAUAAAUAAUACGGCAGGUGUCUUAGAUUUCUUACAAGUCCGAGGUAAAUAUGGCAAACGCUAAAUAUCAUUAAUGUUAUUAUUAUAUGAAUGGCUAGUAAUCUUCUUUGUUUAUAGGGCAGGCAUCAAGAAUAAUCUGACCAUUGGUGCUGUGUGACUGUGUCUUCAAGUUUGUGCAAUCCUCAACCCACAAGCCCAGGGGUUGGCAAAAACUUUUAUUUCCAUGUUCUGUUUUACACAUCUCCUUAUGACUUAUUAAUUCCCAAUGUGUUCCCAGUAGCUUUCUAUAAUGGAAUACAUUUAAUGUCUGGCUUGCGUCAUUUGACAACUAUUGCAUUUCAAUAACUUUAAAAAGAUUAUUUUUAUAGGAAUAGUUAUAGCCUGCUACUCCCAAAUGGAGCAACUGUCCAAAAGGUACGUUGCUGAUCCCAUUGCAAGAUAAUAGAAAUAACUGUACUAAAAUAUCAUGGCAAUGUGUGACUGCUGUGAUGAGAUCAUUUCUGUUUUACUCAGCACUUAUAAUUUCACAUGCAGGUGUGUAUGUUUUUUGGCAUAAUUUAGUUAGGUAAGAAGCCCAACUCAAAAGUAUCAAAGUUAUGGUGAUAAAAGGUCGUCUGUGUUAAAGCUCUACCACACAGUAUCCAUCAGACUGAUAAUCCACACUCACACACAUUAAAUACCUGUCCCAGGUGUUGCAUAUUGAUUUAUUGAUUGUUGACUGGUUCUAGCUGGGAGGAUGGAGUCAGAAAAACUGUAAAUAACUGGUAUCAUUUGAACAGUAAGGAAUCUUACAGUGUAACAAAUUAUUGUAACAUGGUUGAUCAGAGCGUAGCGGUUUGUGACUUCCAGCAGUGCUAACAGACGCUACUCCCAUCCUUCUAGUUGUCAUACAGCAAUGCACCACCCUUGUCACCAAUACAAUAACACUGGAAUAUAACAUUAUUAAAUAUACAAAAUAAUCGAUUGGGCUGACUUUCUCUUACAUUUUGAGAUAACUAUAGUAAAUUGUGGUCACACUAGGUUUUCUUCUGUGGAAAUUUUCAAUUCAAAUAAUGUUGCCAUUCAUAUAAUUUUUAGCUCACUAAGUACAUCAGAGAGUGAAUUGGGAAUUUUCAGUUAUGCUACAUGUUAGUAAAUCUUUGGAUGGUGUGCCUAAAUGUUUGUUGACAUUUUCUUGAAACUAGGCGUUGCUGUCCUCUCUACUUGACAUAUAAAGCAGAAAACAUAAUCCUUUGAGAUUAUUGCCUCUCAUGAUAUUAUUUGGCCCAGGUGUUUUAAGUUCAUUUAGUCGGC